UUUCCACUCUGUAUAUUACAUAUUCAGUAUCCUAGGUUUUACAAGUACCUAAACUGAGCAUGAAUACAAGUGGCAGAUAUUUGUCAAGCGUAGUCUGCUCCGCUACUUUUGACGCUGACUAUACAAGUAGGCGGGGAGCCUUUGGCAUGCGGCCAUUUUUUGGAUAUUCUUCAACAAAGUUAGAAAGUGUCUAAAUAUUUGCUUAUUUUUCUCUCCGCUACAACAAUCGAAACCAAACAGCCAUUCUUUCACUUAAAAGACACAAACAUUAUUCAUUAUCAACAUUAGUUACUACUUUAAAGCUAAGCCAUCGUCUCUCAGUCAGUCUUAGUUUAAGCUAACUUGCGGUGAAGUCUAGUGUUUAGAAAAAGAUACAAUGUACUCGUACCAAGUGAAAGAACUAAGUUUCAGUAACGAGAAAAAGAGAACUUGGAUUAAAUAUGCUAUCGCCAUAACUUUAUUGUGCUGCGUGUUGGCGUCUACUUUUGUGCCAAAUUUUCUUCUACACUAUGCAAGCAGUAAUAAAUAUCUCCCGCAGCACCACAGAUUUGCAUCAGACCUGAAGCAUGUAUUAAUUUGGACGACAAGUGAAGAUCAUUCGUACUUCGAUCACAACGAGGGACAGAAAGAUUUUGUGAGACAACAGUGCCCGAUUUUCAACUGUUAUAUUUCGUACAACAAGAGUUUGCUCAGAGGCGAUGUUCGCAACUAUGACGCUGUUGUUGUCGACAUAAGAGAAGUUUUAAAGUCUUACAUGAUUCAACCUUAUCCUAUUUUUCAACGUUCUCCUCAUCAAAUUUACGUGUUUCAUGCUUUAGAGCCAUCAACAAAAUACUCGAUCUGCAAUCCCAAUCUCGAUCACUUCUUCAACUGGACAUGGUCCUAUAAACUUAACUCUGAUAUCCCGCAUCCAUUUUUCAACAUCCAUAAUUUGAAAAGAGAAAUUAUCGGCCCUAAGAUAAAUAUAACCUGGCUUGAUAAGUUAAAACAUGAUUCUAGAAAUAAAGAUUUGAUAAAGCGGAAGACAAAAUCAGUCGCUUGGCUAUUAACAGAAUGCACAUCGAAAGUGCUACAUGAGAAGUUUGUAAACCAAUUCCAAGCUGAAUUGGCCAAUUAUAACUAUACCUUAGAUGUUUACGGUGCUUGUGGACAUCAAAGUUGUUCUGAGAAAGGAAAAUUCAAAUGUUACAAGAUGAUAGAGAAGAACUAUUUUUUCAGUUUAGUAACAGAGGAGAUCAACUGCGAAGAUUGGGUGACGGACAAAAUCAUUAAUACAUUGAACCACAUCUCUAUCCCCAUAGUUGUCGGACGAGCUAAUUACUCGAGCUUCCUUCCUCCCGGCUCCUACAUCGACGCAAAAGCACACACAAUGAAAGAACUAGUUGGAAUCAUGAACUACCUCAUGACUUACCCUGAUACCUACUCUUUCUUCUUCGACUGGAAGAACCACUAUUACUACACGCCUCGCCCGAAGAGCUACCUCUGUGAUCUGUGUAGUAGGCUCAAUGAUAACAAUAAGCCUCAAUCGCUGGGUGAUUUGAGGAAGUGGUGGAACCCGAAUUAUAAUAAGAGGUGUGCUGCUAUGAAUGAUCCGUUCCUUGAAUCGGAUUAUGAUCAAUUAUAAAUAAAUGUAUAAAAAUAUUUGUGUUUUAUUAACAACACAAAGCAACACAAAGGUUCUUAUAUACAGAUGUAUAAGCAUGACUUAUGUUAUACUUAUGUACAACGGCAUUCACUUUUAAAAUAAUUUACGGAAAACGAAGUUCGACGAAUGCCAUCGAAACGGCUUUGACAAUGGAAUCCGAAUCAAUCACGCGUAGUGACACUAUCGGCAGCAACGAUGGCGACCAUAGGUUGGAGCGAGACACAGCGAUCCGACCUUUUGUUCCCACCUAUGGCCGCCGCUCGCCGCUGCCGCCGCCGCGCGAUGUCGUGGCCGGGCCGUAUGAGUAUAGUGUGCUAGGAUAGCCCAACUAGUGUGAACACGACCAGCGGUAACGUUGAAAGCGAACGCAGCCGACGCGCACGAAUGAGGAUAAACCGAGCGUAGUCUACACAAUUUUAACCUGAACCCUGUUAUCCGUGAACAAGAUGCAUGUAACUGCGUCGAAAUAUGAGUUCAAAAACAAUACAAAAGGUCAAUUCCGGUCGAUAUAAGUCUAGUGAAACGACUUUAUUUUUAGUCGGGUAAGUCUUACUUGCUUGACAACAUUAAUUAUGCUCUGGUAGAUAUAGUUAAGACUAAAUUAAAAAAAUCUUUCAGAAUCGUUUUCAAAGCACGUCUAGUUUAAGUUUGCGGUUAUAUAAAAAUACACAGUGUAUAUUAAGUCUAUCGAAUCGUAAGUAGCAUCGGGUCCAUGUUACUACACUAUCUUAGCAAUAACAGUUACCUCUUUUACUAAGAAUGGAUGACUUUAUGCUAAAACGCAAAACUCUUAAACAGGUUAAAGACAAAAAUGAAUCAUUAUUCCUUGCAUUGCAAUUCAUAAAUAAAAUUACUUUUCCUAGUUUUUAAACCCGUACCUACCCAAGUACCCAUAGUACCCGUACAUCAUCAUUUAUACAUACAUCAUCAU